AUGGGGGGUGGUUUUUGGGGGGAAGGGGGGUAUGGGGGGUUUGAGGGGUGGGUGAGGUGGGGGGGGGGGGGGGGGGGGGAGAGGGGAGAAGGGAUGAGGGGGGGGGUGGGGGGGGGGGGGUGGGGGGGGGGGGGGGGGAGGGGAAUUGAGUGGAGAAGGGGGGAGGACGAAGAGGGCAAAGGAGAUAGGGGUAAAGGGGGGUAG